GAGAGGAGGGGACCACUGCCUCUAAAAUGACUCAAGACACCAGUUCUAAGAGUGUCCAGAAGCCCAGAGCAGAGUCACCUGCCCCCAGCCUGCUAUCAAUGAAGAGUGAUCAGCCACCUGCUUUCAGCCAGGAACCAUUACCAGAUGACAAUAAGGAAGUGGAGAGUUUGGACAGUGAGGAUGCAUUAAAGAUCACACACAACCUUCUGGACAGAAGAAGUCAAACUCUUCUGACAGUCCAACAAGACAUUAAGGCUAAACUGAAACACAAGUAUCAACACAUAUCUGAAGGAAUUAGACACCAUGGAAACCAAAGUCUGUUAAAGGACGUCUACACAGAGCUCUACAUCACAGAGGGUGGAAGUGGAGGGGUCAAUAAUGAACAUGAGGUGAGACUGAUAGAGAUGGCAUCCAAGAAACAAACCACACAAGAGACACCAAUCAAAUGCAACGACAUCUUCAAGCCUUUAGCUGGACAAGACAAACCUAUCAGAACUGUGCUGACAAAAGGAAUCGCUGGCAUUGGAAAAACAGUCUCUGUGCAGAAGGUCAUCCUUGACUGGGCAGAGGGAAAAGCAAAUCAGGACGUUCAUUUCAUGUUUCCUCUUCCUUUCCGUGAUCUGAACCUGAAAAAGGACCAAUACAGUCUGAUGCAACUUCUUUCCCACUACUUAUCAGAGCUGAAAGAGAUUGACAACAUUGAAGAUGGUGAAACCAAAACUGUUUUCAUUUUUGAUGGUCUGGAUGAGUGUCGACUUCCUCUAGACUUCAAAAACAACGAGAGGUGCUGUGAUGUCACGAAGCCAACCUCAGUGGACGUGCUGCUGACAAACCUCAUCAAGGGGAAUCUGCUUCCCUCUGCUCUCCUCUGGAUAACCUCACGGCCUGCAGCAGCCAAUCAGAUCCCUCCUGAGUGUGUUGACCAGGUGACAGAGGUACGAGGGUUCAAUGAUCCACAGAAGGAGGAGUACUUCAGGAAGAAAAUCACAGAUCAGAAUCUGGCCAAUGAAAUCAUCAACCACAUAAAGACAUCAAGGAGCCUCCACAUCAUGUGCCACAUGCCAGUCUUCUGUUGGAUAUCAGCCACUGUCCUUGAGAUGAUGCUGAAAGAGGCAGAGAAGGAUGAAGUCCCCAAAACUCUGACCCAGAUGUUCACACACUUCACGCUCAUCCAAAUCAUUGUGAAGAACAAGAAGUACAACAAAGCCACAGAGACAAACCCAAAGGAACUGUCUCAGUCAGACAAAGAGAUGAUCCUGAAACUGGCAAAGCUGGCUUUCCAACAGCUGCAGAAGGGCAACCUGAUCUUCUAUGAGGAGGACCUGAGAGAGUGUGGCCUUGAUGUCACAGAGGCAUCAGAGUACUCAGCAUUGUGUACAGAGAUCUUUAAAGAAGAAUCUGGGCUGAACCAAGACAAGGUCUACAGCUUUGUGCAUCUGAGCAUGCAGGAGUUUCUAGCAGCAGUGCAUGCUUUAGAAUCAUGUCUGGACAAGAAGGAAAAUGUUUUUUCCACCACUAGUGAGGAUUACAUUUACAUUUUACAUGAAGAGGAGGAGUCAAUCCAGUUGUUUGACUUACACAGGAGAGCAGUGGACCAGGCCUUGAAGAGUGAGAAUGGACACCUGGACCUGUUCCUCCGCUUCCUUCUGGGUCUCUCACUGGAGUCCAAUCAGAAUCUGUUACGAGGCCUUCUGACACAGACAGGAAGUACAACACAGAGCAAUGAGGAAACAGUUGAGAGAACAGUCAGGUACCUUUCAGACAACAUCAAAUGGGAAUCCUCACCAGAAAGGAUCAUCAACUUGUUCCACUGUCUGAAUGAACUUGGUGCCAACUCUCUAGUUGAAGAAAUGCAAACCUCCCUGCGAUCAGGAACUCUUUCAGAAACAGAGCUAGAACCUCAACAAUGUUCAGCCCUGGCCUACCUGUUACUGAUGUCAGAGGAGGUGCUGGAGGAGUUUGACCUGAAGACAUACACCACAUCAGAGGAAGGUUAUCAGAGGUUGCUGCCGGUAGUGAAAACCUGCAAGAGAGCACGACUGGCUGGCUGUAAACUCACAUAUGAAUCCUGUGAGACUCUGGCUUCAGCUCUGCAGACACCAAACUCCCCCCUGAGAGAACUGGACCUCAGCUACAAUGACCUGGGAGACAGAGGAGUGGAGCUGCUCUGUGUUGGACUAACCAGUUCACUCUGCAACAUACAGACACUAGUUCUAUGUCAGUGUGGUCUGACAGAGGGUUGCUGUUCAGAUCUGGCCUCAGUCCUGAGUUCACCCAACUCACAACUGAAACAACUGGAGCUGAGAGACAAUGACCUGCAGGACUCAGGAGUUACACUGCUGUCUGCUGGACUGGAGGAUCCAGACUGUAAACUACACACACUGGGGCUGUCUGGCUGUCUGGUCACAGAGGAGGGCUGUGCUGCUCUGUCUUCAGCUCUGAGGUCAAACCCCUCCCACCUGAAAGAGCUGGACCUGAGCUACAAUCACCCAGGAGACUCUGCAGGGGGACUGCUUUCAGCUGCUCUGGUGGAUCCCACAGAUAAACUGAUGAAGCUGAAUGUGGAUCAUGGUGGAGAGUUCAGGCUGAAAUCAGGGCUGAGGAAAUAUGCCUGUCAUAUCAACCUGGACCCAAAUACAGCAAACCCAAACCUGAUACUGUCUGAGGGGAACAGGAAGGUGACACGGGUGGAGGAGAAGCAGCAUUAUGAAGACCAUCCAGACAGAUUUGACCAUCAUUACCAAGUUCUCUGCAGAGAAGGCUUAUCUGGAUCUCGUUAUUACUGGGAGGUGGAGAUGGAUGGUGACAUUUCUCAUAUUGGUGUGGUGUACAAAGGAAUGCAGAGGAAGGGAGAGAUGGAGGAUGACAGUUGGAUUGGAGCCAAUAGGAAGUCCUGGUGUUUAUUCUGCUAUGACAGUGGUUAUCACUUUUACCAUGCUGGAGUCAUCAGAUCCAUCCCUGGUCCUGUUUCUGACAGCGUUGGAGUGUAUCUGGACUGGCCAGCUGGUACUUUGUCCUUCUAUAGCGUGUCCUCCUCUGGUACACUGACACACCUUUACACAGAACACACCACAUUCACUGAACCCCUCUAUCCUGGGUUUGGGGUUUCCUCCUCCUCCUCAGUGACCCUGUGUCAGAUAGAUGACCAACACAUUCAAAGAGACCAUGGUGGAGAGUGUUGUAUCAAGCCUGGACCUGAGAAAUGGAUUCCUCAGAGCUGUAAGACUUGUGACCAUGUUGAGGACUCCACACACUGGCUUCAGAUUGAACCCUUGACUUCCACUGUCCAGGGAGUGACAAUGUUCAGGCACAGGACACCCAAAGGGCGUUAUGAGUGCACAGUGUCUGGGCUCCGCUGGGUGUGUGACAGAGAUGUCAUUCUGAAGUAUCACUUCAGGAACUGGUAUCCCUACAGUCACCUUCUGAAAGACAUGCAGUACGGACAAGGUGGUCCAUUGCUGGACAUCACUAUGGAGUUAGGUGAACUGGAGGAAGUUCAUCUGCCACACUUUGUCUGUUUAGGGACCAACCCUUCCCUGAGGAAUGAGAUGAAGAUUCUUAAUGUAGAGGAACAUGGAGUGUCUGUUGAGGAAGUGCAUGAGGUCACCAGAUUCCAUGCUAAGAUUCUCCAUCCCAAGUUCUCACCUAUCGCUGUUAUACUGAGCUAUAUCUUUUUUUGGAACGUAGAUGUCCACUGUGACGUGGUCCUCUAUAUGGCAGUAAAAAAGGCAACAGUAAUUUCACGGCUGUACAUGCUCCUCAGAAACUCCAGUCAGAAAGAGGCUGUUCGGGACCGGGAGAAAAAUCAGGUGUCCCAAGGAUAUUCAGAAUUUCUGCUGUCAAGUCCAAACGGGUCCUUAAAGCUGAACAGUUGGUUUGCACUCAAGAAUCCCCAUUCCUCCUCCAUCAAUCCAGAGAAGAUUCAGCUGUUACCUGCAGACACCACACCAAGCUGUUGUAAGAUGGUUAUGAGAAACACAGGGGUUGACAUUGAGAUGGAGUUAAUCGGGGAUGAUGAGAGGACAGUAUGGAGAGAUAUGGUACCAACAGAUGAAUACAUCCCUGAAACCCAUUCAACUAGUGCUGUGUUGGGGGCAGGGCGUCCGGCUGAGAGCAGUCUGACUGGUUCUGCAGAGCAGCAGCUGCGUUCUGUACGGACAGAGUUUGUGAGACGAGUGUCAGGACCUGUCCUGGAUGGUCUGCUGGAGGGACUCCUGCAACACACAGUCAUCAACCAGGAGGAAAUGGAGUCAGUAAAGGUGAUAGCUGAGAGGGCAGAGAAGGCAUGUGACAUCAUCGACAUGGUGUUGAGAAAAGGAACUGAGUCAUGUUCCAGGAUGAUCAGCCUUCUUGGGGAGCUGGACCACUGUCUUUGGACACAGCUUCAGAACAACAGUGUUGGGGUACCUACCUAAUGGUAGAAUGGAUAGUAACAUUGUUGGGGUACCAACCUAAUGGUAGAAUGGAUAGUAACAGUGUUGGGGUACCAACCUAAUGGUAGAAUGGAUAGUAACAGUGUUGGGGUACCAACCUAAUGGUAGAAUGGAUAGUAACAGUGUUGGGGUACCAACCUAAUGGUAGAAUGGGAUAGUAACAGUGUUGGGGUACCAACCUAAUGGUAGAAUGGAUAGUAACAGUGUUGGGGUACCAACCUAAUGGUAGAAUGGAUAGUAACAGUGUUGGGGUACCAACCUAAUGGUAGAAUGGAUAGUAACAGUGUUGGGGUACCAACCUAAUGG